AUAGCAGUGUGAAAGACAAGCAUGCUGUCCCAGUGACUCUGCGAAAGACAGCGUGUCCCCCAUCUCAGACAGCAGCAACAGAAAAGUCUGCCUUCUAAACAAGAACCGUGAAUAAUGUAUGAUUUCUGCUUUCAUUCACGAGCAGGUAAACUCUAAAAACAUCUGUUGGCUGGCCCUGAAUGCAUUAAGGCCAUAGUUCAAAGUGUCGUCAUGGUGCGUAAUAUAGACGAUCUAGACUUCUGUCUCUCUUCCCAUCCCCAGAGCAUCUUAGAGGGCCUGCGCUCCCUCUGUUCUCAACCCAAACUUGUGGAUGUCACCUUAAGUGCUGGUGGACAAGAUUUCCCCUGUCACCGGGGAAUCCUUGCACUCUGCAGCCACUACUUCCGUUCCAUGUUCUCAGGAGAUUUUGUGGAGAGCAUUGCUGCUCGUGUCGAGCUUCAUGAUGUAGAUCCCAAUGUGUUGUCAUCCUUGUUGGACUUUGCUUAUACAGGGAAACUCACCAUCAAUAAAAACAAUGUUGAGGGACUCAUCUGCACAUCCAGCCAGCUCCAGUUCCACGCCGUCCGUACUGUAUGCAGUCGAUAUCUGCAGCACCAGAUCGAUGCCACAAACUGCUUGGGAAUCCUUGAGUUUGGAGAGAUCCACGGCUGCCCUGAAGUUGUCUCCAAAGCAUGGAGCUUCCUCCUUGAAAACUUUGAGGCAGUGCAACAACAUGAGGAGUUCUUGAUGCUGGAGAAAGACAGGCUGGUGGCCUGCCUGAAGGAUGAGGAUCUGCAUAUAAGGGAUGACCGGUCUUGUGUCAAUUCUGUGUUGGCUUGGGUUGGGUAUUGUAGUGACAAUCGGAUCUGCCAUCUGCGAGAAUUGUUGGGAUUGGCUAAGCUUUCCCUCCUCACAGAAUCCUACCUCACUGAGAACUUGCUUAAAGAGCCAUUGGUGCAAGACUCACUAGAAUCCAAAGAGUUCAUAGAGGGAAUAUGUAGAGAGAAACGAGAAAUGAAAGCAGGUGAGUCAGGGCAGACAGUGACUCAGAAUGCCCUCAGCCUGCAGGAGGUUUUAUUUGUGAUGGGUGGUCGCUCGCUGGAUGACUCGGAUGAUGAAGAUGAGGAUGAAGACAGGGAUAGAAGGUUGCACCCCAGAAACUGUGGUUUCUACAACCCAAAGCUUGGGCAGUGGUUUCAGCUACCUGAUUUUCCCAACUACAAUAAAUGGGGUUAUUCUGUCAUCUCCUUAAAUAACAAUGUGUAUGUCACAGGAGGAUCAGGAGGGUCUCAGUCCAACACCUGGUCCACCACAGAGACCUGGAAGUACAUCACGCGUGAGGGCAUCUGGGUCACAGUCGCCCCUAUGUUGCGUCCAAGGACUAACCACUCUUCUGCAGCUCUCAAUGGAGAGAUUUAUGUAAUUGGGGGAACUACAAUGGAUUUUGUCGAAGUUGAACACUAUGACCCAUUCAGUAAUUGCUGGACUCUUACGGGCCCGGCGCUGAAGUAUGUGACUAACUUUACCACCACAUCAUGUGAAGGAAAGCUUUACCUCAUUGGUUCUUGUGCUGUUAAAUAUAAUGCCCUGACAAUGCAGUGCUUUAAUCCUGUCAUAGAUAGCUGGUGUAUCAUCUGUUCUCCUUUCAUUCCUAAAUAUCUCUCUUCUCCCUGCUCGGUUUCUAUGGAUGGGGUCAUUUACCUCGUAGCAGAUAACACCAAAAAGGUCUAUCUGUAUAACCCUGGGGGUAAUAUGUGGGAAAAAAUUCAGUUUCUACACACUCUUCAUGAGAAUGGGGAUUUGGUGGCUCUAGGUGGUCAGCUGUAUGUGACUGGGGGGCACUGGAAGGGCAUGGAGGGGGAUUACGGUGUGGAAGUGGAAGUAUAUAACCGAGCAUCCAACACAUGGAAGGUGGAGUGCUUCCUUCCCAGGCUCUGGACUUAUAGUGGCUGCUGCUCCAUCUUCCUGGACACUUCCCAGUGGACUGAGUUCUUCCCUGAUGAGACUUAAUAUCUGUUCUGUCCCCUAAAUCCUCACCUAGGUUUUGGGGCAAAGUUACAGUUUUGGCAUUAUUAUAAAUUUUUGAUAAUGGGAUUUAUUUUUAAUUAUAUUUCUUUUUACAUAAUUUAGCUAGCUGUUGUAUGUGUGUGUGUGUGUGUGUGUGUGUGACAUGCUACUUAUUUUUUCUUCUCUGAAUCCAUUGUAAAAUUGUAAUAUUUUACAUUUAAACAUGUCUUAUUCUAAUUUUUUUUUUAAUUUUUUUUAUAUAUUUUUUUUUUGACUGAAUUUGUUAUUAUUUCAAAAUAUAUGCUGUUUUUAUUCAGAAAAAAAAAUGUUUUAUGAAGUUACACAAUUGUGCUGUUUAAAACCCGUGUUAUUUUUCAUUAAUUGCAAUGGAUUUUUAACAAAGUGCCAACAAAGACUGGAAUAAACAGUGUUGUAUUUGUGCAGCGUCCGUAACCAUGGAA